AUGUCCUCCGCGGCGCUGUCGCUCAAGUGCAACGUGUGCGGGGUCCAACUCCGCUCCGUCGCGGAGGCGCAGUCGCACGGCGAGGCGACCGGUCACGCGGACUUCGCGGAGUCCACGGAGGCGGUGCUCAACCUCAGCUGCGUGACGUGCGGGAAGCCGUGUCGAUCGGAGACGGAGCGAGAGCUGCACUCGAAGCGCACGGGGCACUCGGAGUUCGUGGACAAGACGAGCGAGACGUCGCAAGCGGUGGACACGGAGCGGGAGAUGAAGCAGCUCGAGGCGGAGACGCGCGAGGAGCUCGGUCUUCCCGCGAAGAAGCAGAAGGAGGAUGGCGACGGGGCGGACGCGGCGACGGAGUCAGCGAUGGACGUGGACGAAAACGAAAACGAAAACGAGGAGGAACGGGUGGAGCCCGAGGUGGACGCCGCGCUCGUCGCGGAGAUCGAAGCCAUGGGGUUCACGCGGAACAAGGCCGUGCGCGCGAUUCACACGACGGGCACGACGAGCGUGGAGCAGGCGGUGAACUGGAUCGUCGAGCACGCGGAGGACGUCGAGCUCAUCGAGGAUCGUCCGCUGGUCGUCGCGAAGAGUAAAUCCAAGCCCAAGCCGAAGCUGUCCAAGGAGGAAGCGAAAGCGAAGGCGGAGGAGCUCCGGAAGACGAUGGCGGCGAAGAAGGAGAAGGAGGAGAAGGAGCUCGAGAGGCUGCGCGAGCAGGAGCGCAUCCGAAGCGGCAAAGAACUCCUCGCCGCGAAGAGGAAAGAGGAGGAGUUACAGACGAAGCGCAACCUCGAGGCGCGUCGCAUCGAAAAACAGGAAGUCGCGCGAGCCAAGGCGAAGAUUCUGGAAAAGCUCGAGGAGGACAAGCUCGGGCUCCCGGAGGAGCUCACGGAGGAGGAGAAGGCGCGCGAGCGUCAGCGCGCGGAGGAGAAGGCGGCGGCGGCGAAGGAGGAGCAGAGGAAGAAAGCCGAGGCGGGGCUCGUCGUGAAACCCGUCACCGCCGUCGACGACUUGCGCAAGAUUCUCGUGGAGAUUAAAAAGACGCACAAGGAUACGAACGACGAGGGCGUCACCACGUGCUUCAAGACGCUGCUGGUGUACCUCGGGAACGUGAUGAAAGACCCGGAGGAUGCGAAGUUUCGAACGAUCAAGCUCGCCAACGGCGCGUUUCAAAAGCGCGUCCAGAGCGUCGGCGGCGACGCGUUUUUGAGACGCGUCGGGUUCGAGGACGACGGCGAGACGCUCGCGAUGCCGAGGGAGAAGGUGGACAGGGUGCUCAUCAACCUCGCGGGCGCGGAGAUCAACAGCGCGCUCUCCAACCCCUUCUUCGGCGUGUUGUGA